UCUCGUGAGAAAGUUUAAAGCAUCUCAGUUGAGUUCUGUCUGUAAAACCUAAGCUAAAGGGUAGAGAACUUUCGUGAACUGCAAGCUAACUCCUUGGGUGGAUCAAGAGCAAUCAAACUCUUUCCCCGAAAAUGGGUAGAUUCACCUGGUCGCUUUGGAGUAUUACAAUGGUGUUAUCGGUCUUUUUUAGAGGAAUCUCAGCUUGGAAUAACGAUUCAUUGGUUCCUAGUACAGCAGGUACGACUCUAACUGAAACAGAACGUAAACCGUCCUUCAUUCAAGAGCUAUUGCCUUCUAGAGAACAACCGUCAGUUGUCUCAUUUUCCGUUCUCUCUUCUACCACCGACCGACCUGAUAAGCUCUCAUCUGCUUCAUCAACUGUUACAUCUUCAUCAUCAACUACGGAUAAAGUUGACAACAAAGGUUCCAUUGCAAAAUCGAGAGCUGUUUUCAAAACAAACCUGGGUGAUUCAGCUACAUCUACCAAUAUCAGUCCAGGACAGAAUUUCCAUGUUCGUGCAUCCACUACAAGUCUUCGGCAGGUUGGAAUAUAUUCAUCUACUACAGAGAAGUUUUUAGAAGAUCCAUCGUCAACUGAUCUUACCUUACAGUCUGCAACAGCUCUGAUUAAGAUAGCAUCAAAUGACAGCAUAAUCUUGAAGACAUCUACGUUAACGUCGUUGUCUUCAACAUCACCUCCAUCACUGUUAACUUUAUCAACAUUAGCAUCAUUGUCAUUUUUAGCGUCUUCAUCAUCACUAUCAUCAUCAUCGUCAUCAUCGUCAUCAGCAACAAAAAGAACAUCGUCAUCAUCAUUAAUGAUAUUGCAACCUCUCUUGUCAUCUAACUUCCCCUUCUUCACUUCCUUUCUCUCUUCGUCAUCGUCGUCGUCAUCAUCAUCAGCAGCAGCAUCAGCAUCAUCAUCAUCAUCAUUAUCAACAACAUCGUCAUCUUCAUUACUGAUAUUACAACCUCCCUCGUCAUCUACCUUCCCCUUAGCAUCCUCCUCUUCCAACUCCUCCUCCUCUUCCCUAUCAUCAUCAUCACCACCAUCACCAUCGCCAUUACUAUUGUCACCAUUGCCAUCACCCCCACCAUCAUCAUCAUCGUCGUCGUCGUCGUCAUCAUCACCAUCACCAUCAACAUCAACAUCGUCAUCUUUCUUACUGAUAUUACAACCUCCCUCGUCGUCUACAUUCCCCUUUGCCUUUUUCUCUUCCAACUCCUCCUCCUCCUCCCCCUCAUCAUCAUCAUUAUCAUUGUCACCACCACCAUCGCCAUCGCCAUUCCCAUCAUCAUCACUGCCAUCACCACCACAAUCAUCAUCACCACCACCAUCAACGCCAUUUCCAUCGCCAUCGCCAUUGCCAUUGCCAUCGCCGUCGCCGUCGCCAUCGCUGUUGCCAUCGCCAUCGCCAUCGUCGACGCCAUCGCCGUCGUUAUCGCCGCCGCCGUCGCCGUCGCCAUCGCUAUCGCCAUUGCCGUCACCAUCACCGUCAACGUCUUCAUCAUUAACAUUACUCUCUUUGCCAUCACCAACGUCAUUAUUAUCAAUGAAAUUAACACUAUUGUCCAUCUUCUACUCUUCUUCCUCCUCCUCCUCAUCAUCAUCUUCAUUGUCAUCAUCAUCAUCAUCACCACCACCACCAUCAUCAUCGUCGUCGUCAUCGUCAUUGCCAUCAUCGUCAUCAUCAUUAAUAUUAUUACAACCUCCCUUGUCAUCUACCUUCCCCUUCUCCUCUUCUUCGUCCUCCUCCUCAUUAUUGUCACCACCUCCAUCACCAUCGCCAUUACCAUCAUCAUCAUUGCCAUCACCAUCCACAUCAUCUUCACCAUUAUCGCCAUCGCCGUCGUCAUCAUCAUCAUUAAAAUCGUCACCUCCGUUACCAGCAUUAUCAUCAUCAUCAUCAUCAUCAUCAGUUGCAGCGUUAUUGUUAGCGUCUUCAUCAACUUCACCAUCUUCACCAUCACCACCACCACAAUCCUCAUCAUCAUCAUUAAUGAUAUUACAAUCUCCUUUGCCAUCUACUUUCCCCUUCUCCUCUUCCUUCUCCUCUUCCUCCUCCUCCUCUUCAUCAUCGUCAUCGUCAUCAUCGUCAUUGUCACCACCACCACCGCCAUCUCUAUUACCAUCAUCAGCAUCGACGCUGCCAUCGCCGCCAUCGUCAUUAUCUCCGUUACCAGUAUUAUCAUCAUCUGAGAAACUAUCAUCGCUAUCAUCGCCUUUCUCAUUACCCGUGUCGAUAUCCUUACAGUCCCUAUCAUCUUCUCUCUUUAUUGUACCAUCUCAACCUCUAUCACUGCCUUUAACUUCAAAAUUGUCAUCAUCACUACAGUCCCCCUCAACCUCAGCUACGCCAUCAUCAUUGUACAUGUCAUCACCACAUGCAACAUCAAUUCCGUUCGUAUUGGCCGCGUCGUCCUAUUUGUAUCGUGGUCCACAUCGAUUGACAUCGUCCGUACUUAGUCUUGAAGGCAAGAUAGCUUCACCAAGUCAAUCAAAAGGAAAGGUGCAAACAUCGACGGAAAUCAUAUCAACAGUUAUCAAAAUUACUGCGCCUGCUACGAGUGCCGCAGUGAAUCUAGAAACAACCCUUUCCGUUUAUACCAAAAGCACAGAAGAAUCCACCAGCACAGAGCCUCCUACCGAAUCCAGUCGGAUGUUGAUCGCAAAGUUAACAAUUGAAGCCAUGGAAUUCACUCUGGAAUUAGCUGAUUCGUCCUCUGAAAAAUUUAAAGAGUUAGCGAGGGAUGUGGAACUGUUACUGAAUGAUGUUUUUAAGGAAAUUUCUGGUUUCCUCUAUGUGACUGUGACAAGCUUUGAAAAUGGAAGCAUCGUAUGUAACUUCAUGAUCCACAUUAAAAUGGAAUCUUUAGCAACGGCUGAAGAGUUUGAGAGGAUUUUGACCGCUGCAGCAGAAGGUGGAAAAACUGGGAAAUAUCAGAUCAGCAAUAUAGAAGUGCAAGACACUGUUGGUGCGGUCAAAGAGAAAGAGCCUGAAGGAAAGUCGAUUCCGGUCAAAGUAAUUGGUGUUGCAGCGUUUGCUGGAGUGGUGGUUUUGAUCAUUGUGUUUUUACUUUAUAAGGUUAUCAGUCGAAAGAGAAAAGAGCGCGAGGGUCAUACGAGGACCGGGGACGUUUAUCCUCUAAGCGACUUCAAUGCAAACACUGAGGUGGAAGAAACAAAGGCGGCUUUACGAAAAACGGGAAGUACGUAUUUCGAAGACAUCGAGGACGCCGACGAAAUAACUCCGUUUUACAAACCUGGUUACAAAUCCGAGAUCUAGUCAAUACAGGUUCCUCUAAGGACAUGUUAACACUAGAGUGUAAUGCUCUUAUAUAUUUUAAACUCGACCAAGGAGAAAAGUAGAGCGGUUUCUUUUUUCUUUUUUUGGAUUCAGAUAGCACGCAAGGGGUACAUAUUUUGGCUAUGCCAAGAAAAAUCUUGUAAAAGGGCAACAAGAGGGAUGGCCAAAGGGAAAAGUAGAGCGAUUUCCUUUUUUCCUUUUUUUUCUUUUUUUUUUUGGAUUUAGAUAGCGCGCAAGGCGUACAUAUUUUGGCUAUGCCAAGAAAAAUCUUGUAAAAGGGCAACAAGAGUUAUUGGCAAAUGAACGAGCCAAGUAAGAAAGUGUAGACAGCCUGUUCACAGUUUACCAAGAAAUACCUUUAGCUUUAGGCGCUGUGUUUUGUAACCAAAUUACAGAGUUUUUUGGUUAGGAUAUCGGCAUUCCGUCCUGAUUUACACACAAAUGAGCUGACGGCAAGCAUGAACCCGUCAAUCCCUGUUCCCGGAGGGGCAUUUUUCAAAUAAGUACAAUAUAGAUUUGCCGUCAGGGACGUUCUGUUGCUUUGUCCACCUCGUUCCCAGGGCUUUACCCAAAGAAGUUGGGUGGGGCGGGAAAAAAGGGAAAAGCCCUGGGAACGAGGUUGCGCUAUGCCUGUCACGCAGGCUAUUGUCAUGUUCGCAUAUUCGUCACGUUGUAGGCCACUGAGCAAAGGGAAAGGUAAUGAUUCAGUUAUAAGGUAAUUAACUCUUUGAGUCCUAAGAGAGCCUAAACAUGUUUUAAGUUGUCUCGUUAAAAUUGUUUGGGUAUAAAUGAUGCUCAGGAAACUAUAUUCACUUGAGUUUUAAUAUAGCUGCAUGCUUCCCUGGGCAUGCUUCGAUUCAUUGCUAAGUGUUUUUUUUUAUUAUUUGUGCCUGUGCUUAUAAGCUUUUAUGCCAUCUGGGAAUCACAGUAGAAACGCAUUUAUUUUUCAGUCCUCUUUUAGAUUGAGGUUUUAAUCAUAAGAUGUAAAAACACCACCAUUAUAAAAAACACAACUUUUGGCACAUGUAGUUGUGCUAUAAUUUAGCUUAAAGUUCAAAGCUACAUUCAAAUUCACAAGCAAGCACUUUGUGAUAAAUAGUUAUCCAAAAAAUAAAUGCUAAGUAGACCAGGGUUCUUAACAAGAGCCAUAACCCGAAAUACCUGUUAUGGCUAAAUAUGCUCUAUGGGCCCUUGAUGUUAGGGGUAAACUCUCCUGUUGUUGAUACAAUUUGUCCAUAAAGUAAUUAAAGUUUGUUACAG